GCAUAACUUAUGCAAAUGAGGAAUCCUCGUGUUCUGAUUGGCCGAGCGCGCCAAAGUUGCCCGUCUUGCAUUGGGUACUGUCGUCUUGGCCACGUCCCCGAGCCACGUCGCGCUUAGCUCGCCAUUUUCCCGUCUUCUGAAGCCAGAACCAGUCUCUAUUCUGGUGUCCCGGUGUCAUUCACCGCUGUCAGCGCAUAUAUUUAACCGUCACCGGACAGCUGAGCUCUCUGUAGAGUCUUAAAUCGGUUUACCUCUGCUGGAGCUGCCGCAAACAUGAACAUUUUCAGGCUAACCGGCGAUCUCUCCCACCUAGCAGCCAUCAUCAUCCUGCUGCUGAAAAUCUGGAAAACCAGGUCCUGUGCCGGUAUUUCCGGCAAGAGUCAGGUCCUGUUUGCCUUAGUGUUCACCACCCGCUACCUGGACCUGCUCACCUCGUUCAUCUCCCUCUACAACACCACCAUGAAGAUCAUCUACAUUGGCUGUGCGUACGCCACCGUGUACCUGAUCUACCUGAAAUUCAAGGCCACCUAUGACGGGAACCACGACACAUUCAGAGUGGAGUUCCUGGUCGUGCCGGUCGGUGGGCUGGCUUUCCUGGUCAACCACGACUUCUCCCCCCUGGAGAUUCUGUGGACGUUCUCCAUCUACUUGGAAUCGGUGGCCAUCCUGCCUCAGCUUUUCAUGAUCAGCAAGACGGGUGAGGCUGAGACCAUCACCACCCACUACCUGUUCUUCCUGGGACUCUACAGAGCCCUCUACCUCAUCAACUGGAUAUGGAGGUUCUACUUUGAGGGAUUCUUCGACAUGAUCGCCAUCGUCGCUGGGGUGGUGCAGACCAUCCUCUACUGCGACUUCUUCUAUUUGUAUGUAACAAAAGUACUCAAAGGAAAGAAGCUGAGUCUGCCAGCCUAAGUGCCAAAGAGGAAUGUUUUGGCAGACUCAUGGAGGGGAAUCGGAGUGGCAGCGGACACCUCUGACAACCCCAAAACCCAACAACCCAACCACCCACCCCUCCACCACCACCACCCCCUGCGCCCUCCUCUUCCCCUCCCGCCGGUGUAAGAUGCCUGAGACAGAGAGCGAGUGGGAGCUGCUGGCUGCACUUUUUUCUGAUCCAGAAUCAGUGGAAUCAGAACACCUGCAGAGGCUGGUCCAUGGCCUUCGGAUUUCUGUUUGACGCAUCUUGCCUUAACUUUUUUUUAUUACUCUGUAUAAAGGAAGAAAAAAAAAGUGAGAAAAGUUUUCUACAGAAAAAAAAUGUGUACUCUGAAGAUUCAACACAUUGGUGAAUGAGAGCUGAAGAUGUAAAAUUGCCUCUGAUUUGGCAUUGUAUGAUAUUGAAGCGGACUUCUUGUGGUGGGAUAUUUUGACUCAAGCGUUUGUAAUAGUAUUUGCAAUCGAAAUAAAUGUGCUUUGUUUUUCCUGAAUCAAUCUGGGGAGGAAUUUGUUGAAUCCUCAAAACUUUGGUGGUCAAGUUUUUCAUGUUUGCUCUUCUUUUUCUGACCACUGUGUGUUCCCAGGUAUGAACACUAUCUAUUUUAGGUUCCCAGCCCUUGGUAGUAUGAAGUAAUCUAAAUACAAUAUAGAUAACAGUAACUUAACAUUCUCUUUAAUAAAACAGCUGUUUACAUGCCUUCAGAAUUGAUCAGCAUGAGUUGCUCCUGUGUUGUUUUGCUCCACAUUGACCAGAAUGAUCAAUAGAAACGGCACAUACUGAGUGCAAACAGAUGAAAGGAUGCCAAUGAACUCUCAUGACUGUAAAUGGCUUUUAUCAUCUGCUUCAUUACCCACUGAAGACAGUAUAUCACCUGUAAGUAUGUAUCAUUGUCCAGCCCAUUCAUUUCAGACGGCUCCUCUUUAAAUGUUUGCGAUGAAUGAAUUCACGUAAUGUGCUGUAUGUGAGUCCUCACAACAGAUAUGGAAGUCUUCUUUUUUUUUUUUCCUUUAGGUGCCAAUGUAUUUAUUUUUGAUUCUCUUCCUGGUUUCCAGUGAACAGAGUCCGUAGGAUUGUCCGCCUGUUGUUUGUACGUUUUAACAGCAGGAUCAGAGAUGAGCACAAUCCUGCGAACUCUGUCCUAAAUAUCGAGACAUAUCUGCUUCUUUUUGAGUUUUCCUGCAGAUCAUUCCAAGUUUCUUUUUCGUUUCUACCCAGAGCUUUUGCAUGAUGUUGCCACCGCCAAAUAAAGACUAUAUGGGAAA